UAGCCAAAAGCAGGCACCAGGAUAACUAAAGAAGAAAACAGUAAAGGAGCAAAGCAUUGAUUACAAAUGUCUUAAUAAUGAGCAAGUGUGGCAGGAAAAAAUAUAUUAAGACAAAUCUAAGACAAAUGACCAUGGAAACAAUUGAAUCUCAGCAGGAUGGAAGUAUAACAGAUUCUGUGGCAGAGAGCGAAUCCGCUCAUAUGCAGACCCAGACUGGUCAAAAUUCAAUUCCUACUUUAGCUCAGGUUUCUGUAGCUGGAUCAGGCACCGGAAGAGGCUCCCCAGCUGUAACUCUAGUACAGUUACCUUCGGGCCAAACUGUACAUGUCCAGGGAGUAAUUCAGACACCACAGCCAUCGGUUAUUCAGUCACCACAAAUACAAACUGUUCAGGUAGCAACAAUUGCAGAGACAGAUGAGUCUGCAGAAUCAGAAGGUGUAAUUGAUUCUCAUAAACGUAGAGAAAUCCUUUCACGAAGGCCCUCUUAUCGAAAAAUACUGAAUGAACUUUCCUCUGAUGUGCAUGGUGUUCCCAAGAUUGAAGAAGAAAAAUCAGAGGAAGAAGGAACACCACCUAACAUCGCUACCAUGGCAGUACCGACUAGCAUAUAUCAGACUAGCACGGGGCAAUACAUUGCUAUAGCCCAAGGUGGAGCAAUCCAGAUUUCUAACCCAGGAUCUGAUGGUGUUCAGGGACUACAGGCAUUAACAAUGACAAAUUCAGGAGCUCCUCCACCAGGUGCUACAAUUGUACAGUAUGCAGCACAGUCAGCUGAUGGCACACAGCAGUUCUUUGUCCCAGGCAGCCAGGUUGUUGUUCAAGAUGAGGAAACUGAACUUGCCCCAAGUCACAUGGCUGCUGCCACUGGUGACAUGCCAACUUACCAGAUCCGAGCUCCUACUACUGCUUUGCCACAGGGAGUAGUGAUGGCUGCCUCACCAGGAAGUUUGCACAGCCCCCAGCAACUCGCAGAAGAAGCCACACGCAAACGAGAGCUGAGGCUAAUGAAAAACAGAACUCCUUAAGUUGCCUACAGUUCCCAGGCGUGGUAGUUAUCACAGAUCACUAGAUGGAGUUUUGUACCCUGGAGAACUCGACAGAUUACCAGAAGUAGGAUCAUCAGAUACACACAUCUUUACCAGAGCUUGUUCCAGGUUUACCAAGUCAUGCUGGAUUCACCUUUUGCAUCAUCAGCAUUUUGCUCAGAAAUUCUGAAGGAGCUGAAUGUGUGGGGCUCACAUAGUAUCAUGGUUGUUUUAUAGAGGUCUUGUUAUCAAAGAUUCCUAACUUUGAUCUUUUGGAGAAAUAUGGAUACUUUAACACUGCACUUUCAGAGAUCUUAGGACCUCUGAAUAUAAUUGCCUCUCUGGUCAUAGAAUGUAUAUUAUGAAGUUCAGUUUAGAAACAUAAAGUAUGAUGAUAAUGCAAACUGUAAAAUUGUUCAUCAAUGUCUUAUUUUCACAAAGAAAAUAAAAAGAAAGGACUAGGAAAGUGGCCUUCUUAUUGUCCUUUUGCCAUUUUAUAUCUUUAGUUUUAAAUUAAAACAUUUUGUCAGAACUACCAAAAUGAAAUAAAUAUUAGGCAGUGGGUUCCAAAUAAACAUGCCCUACAGCUGCCUACACAUACAUAUGAGAUCCGUCUGAGGGAGGAAAAAAAGUCAUAAAUUUGUUUUUCUUUUAAUUAUUAGUUAAUAAUAGCUAUUGGAUAGCAUUUGUGUUUAGGCUCUGAAUAACCAAGGGGAAUGGAGGCUUAACCUUGUAGGUGGUAUUUUGAUCUUCUGUUGCUGGUCAAGAGGUACGUGCAGCCAGAACAAAGGCUCAGCCAUGUCAUCAAGGAUCCAGGCUCCCUGCUCUGUCAUCUUCAGUGUGUGACAUUCGUUCCUGUGAUCACAACAUGACUACCACACCUCCAGGCAUUUCAUCAGUCAAGAAGAAGGGAGAAGGGCUGGAGCCAAAAAAUGGAGGCUGGUUGAGUCUGACCCUUGUGAAAACUUGUCCUGGAAUAUCCUGACAGCAGCUUUUAUCCACAUUUCAUUGACUAGAAAUAGCUAAUAGAAUCCCUAGCUGCAAGGGAUUCUGAGAAGGGUCUAUUUUAGCUUCCCAAAUUCUAUUUCAGAGCAAGACAAGAGAAAAGCAGAUGAUAAAUGGCUGUUUAGGUUGUUUAAUAUCUAUCGAGUAAAUACCGUAUGCAAGUUUUAAGUGCUUUAUUUCUACUGUUUUCUUUACUGUCACAUAACUUUCACAUGGGAAGAGGUCUGGUAGCUAUCCUUACUUUACAGAUGAGGAACUGAGGUUCAGAGAGUUUACAUAACCAGUUGGUUAAUAUCACAUUACGCAAACUGGACAGAACCUGGAUAUGCAAUCAGGCAGUCUUUAUUCCGGAGUCCGUUCACUGCACUAACAGCACAGUCACCCCAAAAAGACCUCAGCAUAAGCUUCAGAUUUAACUUCAUAGAAAGGAUUUAGGUUUUACUUAUUAACAUGAAAGAACUUUUAUACAUUUUCUCUUGAUUUUUUGGCUGGCAUUUAUAAUAGAUAUUUAAUUAUAUUUCUACCAAUCCAGCAACAGCUUUUAUUCCUUUACAGCCUUGUCAGCUUUUCCUCUUUGCCAUGUACUUUCUUUUCAUGCUGAGGAUAUAUCCAGACAAAUGAAAGGCCUGAAAACUGAGCUAUUAAUAGAAGAAACAGGUGUUUUCCAUAGCUGAGAAGUACUUAGGAAUGUGCCAUCCACUAGUGUGAUCAUUUAAAGCUUUGUGCUUGGAACAUUCAUGCCGGUAACACAUGCACGCACAAAUAUGAAAUAUGAAGUGGGAAUAUUUACAAUAAAUAGUACACCUUGGUAAAUAAAACUUUAAAAAUUAAACAUCUCAUAAGUUAUUAAAAAUUAAAAUUUUAAUGGUAACUUGUUUUGUAAAAUGACUGUCUUCUUUCGGAUCUAGAAUUUAAUAUAAUGAUUUACUCAUGAAAACUUUGGUGUUCACAAAUGUAUAUUAGUUCCUUUGUGGAAGAGAGUCGAAUUGUGUUCCCAAACUUUUUAAGUGGCCAAAUUUAUAAGUGUGCUUGGAUUUAUUCUUAACUUGUCCCUGUGCAUCAUUUAGAUUAGAUUAAUCUGUAUUUAUCAGAUUCAAUUCACUUGUACAUUUGUUACUUUUUUGUUAACCAGUUUUGAGAAGUCUGAGAACUUUACGAGUUCACAGGGUGAGUGCAUUGUUCUUGGCUAGGAAGUAGGGGUUGAUCUUUUCCUGCAGUUCAUUUUCUCCUGACUCUUGCUUCCCACAGAGAAAACACAGAUAACCAGUUGUUGGUAAGAGUCAACUAUCCUAAAACAGAAUUGGCCAAAACUGUUGUACAUAUCACUUCUAGUUCCGAAUUGCAGCAAUGCUAAUUGGCAUUACAGUAAAUGGUGUUUAGACAUUCAACAAAACUUUUGUUAAAAUGUAUUUUAAUCAUCUUUCAAUGCAGGCUUUUUUGAUGUAAAGGGUACCCCAAAGGCAGUUAUUCUGAAUUGAAUAUUCCAAAAUAAAGCUGUUAUCAGAGGGUACAUUCUAUAGGGGAAUUAAGUGAUGUAGUUGCUACUCCCUCCCACCCUGAAAAAAUGCAGAAAGAGAAAGUGUUGAUCGUGUUCACUUUUUUUUUUUUUUUUUUGGUGGGGUUAAGCAUGAGAAUGACCAUAACUUGUGUACAUAUUUGUGUUUGUUGCUUUGGCUGCUUGUCUGUUCUUAACUUUGGGCAUGGCUACAGUGCUUUAAAAUUCAGUAUAUUGGAUAGUAAAUGCAUUUGAUGAGAAAACAGUCUUGAAGUACACUUUUGAGUUAUUCUGUAGCUUCCUUUUCAUGAUUUUAAUUGUGGUGUUCUCACGUUCCUGGAUUUAAAUCAUCUGAAAUGUUGAGUAUUGUAUUAUGUACCCUCCCUUCUUUCCUUCUUUAAUUUCCAUGAACAGAGUCCAUUUCAUUUUGGUUUAUGAAAAUAAGCAUGAUUUAUGAUUUAUUUAUUGUUGUUUUUAUCCAUGUUGUUUUCUAGCCAAUAAACCGUUUCUUGCAGUCA